UCUGGAUACUCCUCAGAGGAGUGCGAGGCCGUCCUGGCCCCCACCUUGAGGAAGAGGAGCAGGCUUCUGAGCAGGAGCCAGCGCACCAGUUCCUCUAGGAUGUUCUCUGGUGAUGCUGAGUCUGUGGAGACAAGCCUCACACGAGUGCUGUUCGCUGGUCUCUUCCUGCUCUGCUGCAGCCUUUUUGGCCUCCUCAGGGACGCGCUGCUUCUCAGCAGUCGUACCCAGCACUUGAGGAAGCCUGCACUGACUGUUUUGACUUUGACUCUGUUUGCUACUGGUUUCUGGUAUUGGUACCCUGCUCUCACCUCUCUCCUGAUGGUUGCUGAACCUGCCUGUCCUGGAUACAGCACAUCUACCCUUGGCAUGAACACGGACCCAAGGAUUGUGACGGAUUUCAACGUCUUCCGUAAGGAAGUCCUGGACCGCAUCAACCAAGGAGAGGCCAAAUGGAAGGAAAGCUGGACUAGAGAGCUGGAUGGUGUUAAGCGAAAGAUCGACCUUCUGGAGAAGGAUGAAGAGAGACACAGGCACAUGUCUGAGAUCAUGAGAGCGGAAAUUACUAACUUCAAGGAUGCGGCACAAAAUAAUGACUUUGACCGCCAGACUUGGGUGACUGAAAAGGUCACUGAUGCAGACAAACAGGUAGCUAAACUCAAGGACAGUGUGUCACACCUCAGAACUGCCCAUCACAACCUCGAACAACGUGUGGAUGCACAAGAAAACACCAAUGCUCAGCUGAAAAAGGAGCUCACUGAUUGGCUGAAGCGAGAGCUCCGAGCAGUUCCUGGACAGGAUGCAGGAAGCGUUGUUUUGCGUCCUGAACUGCAGGGGGCGCUGGAGGCUCUGGAGAAGAAGCUGCUCCAGCGUCUGGCUGAAGAGGUGCAUAAGGAUCGUGGCAACAUGUGGAGGACUGUGGGAGAGAGCCUGCAGAAUGAAGGACUAGGCGCCAUAACGGUCAAGCAUGUCCAUGAGAUUGUUCAGAGGGCAUUGAGUCUUUAUAGAGCAGAUGGAACUGGCAUGGCUGACUAUGCUCUGGAGUCAUUGGGUGCUACUGUGAUUGGUUCACGGAGUUCUGAAACAUACCGCACCAGGUCUCCAUGUGUCAGCCUGUUUGGGGUGCCACUGUGGUAUGCUUCAGAGUGUCCACGCACUGUUAUACAGCCUGAGAUGCACCCUGGGAAGUGCUGGGCGUUUAGUGGCAGUCAGGGUUUCCUCACCAUCGCCCUGUCCCUCCCUGUGCGCGUCACACACGUCACCUUGGAGCACAUCCCCAAGAGCCUCUCCCCCACUGGACGCGUUGACAGCGCCCCCCGAGAAUUUGCAGUUUAUGUGAGUCUCAGACACUCCUUUACCAACACACUAAGGCAACAGAUUGGUUAA